UGGUCAAAUAUGAAAAUGGCGGCUCUGUGCAGUGAGUUCGGAGAUCUGGCACAAAUCAAGAAACAGCUAAUAUCUGUCAUAUCGUUGUGUAAAGAAAGAGGACUUUUGCAUAGCGCGAAGUGGGCUUCUGAGUUGGCGUUUGCUUUGGAUCCCCUUCCCAAGGAUAAAUUGCCCCCAGAACCAGCAUUUACUGAGGAAGACACACAAGACCUGGAUGCCCUCACUUUGGCCAAAUCCUACUUUGACCUGAAAGAGUAUGACCGUGCUGCUUACUUUCUAAAGGGCUGCUGUAGCCAGAAGGCUUAUUUCCUCUACAUGUAUUCCCGCUAUCUGUCUGGCGAGAAAAAGAAGGAUGAUGAGACUGUAGACAGUUUGGGUCCUUUGGAGAAGGGUCAGGUGCGUAAUGAAGCUUUGCGAGAACUGAGAGUUGAGCUCAGUAAGAAACACACUGCAAGAGAGCUGGAUGGCUUUACGCUGUAUUUGUAUGGGGUUGUUUUACGAAAGCUGGAUCUGCUGAAGGAGGCAGUGGAAGUGUUUGUGGAGGCAAUUCAAGCCCUUCCUCUUCACUGGGGUGCCUGGCUGGAGCUUAGUAACCUCAUCACAAACAUCGAAAUGUUAAAGUCCCUGUCUCUGCCUGACUGCUGGAUUAAAGACUUCUUCAUGGCCCACAUGUACACAGAGCUCCAGAUGAUUAAAGAGGCUUUGCAGAAGUACCAAAACCUCAUCGAGGCCGGCUUCUCCAAGAGCACCUACAUCAUCUCGCAGAUUGCUGUUGCCUACCACAACAUUAGAGAUAUCGACCAAGCUUUGGCGCUGUUUAAUGAACUUAGGGAGCAUGAUCCGUAUCGUAUCGACAACAUGGACACCUUUUCUAAUUUGCUAUAUGUCAAAAGUAUGAAGCCUGAAUUAAGUUAUCUGGCCCACAACCUGGUGGAGAUUGAUAAAUACCGAGUGGAGACAUGCUGUGUUAUUGGGAACUACUACAGUUUACGCUCUCAGCAUGAGAAAGCAGCUCUGUACUUCCAGCGUGCGCUGAAACUGAACCCUCGUUGUCUUGGAGCCUGGACCCUCAUGGGCCACGAAUACAUGGAAAUGAAGAACACUUCAGCCGCCAUCCAGGCCUACAGGCACGCAAUUGAAGUGAACACGGAUUACCGUGCCUGGUAUGGAUUAGGUCAGACAUAUGAAAUCCUUAAGAUGCCUUUUUACUGUUUGUAUUACUACCGAAAGGCUCACCAGCUCAGACCCAAUGACUCUCGCAUGUUGGUUGCAUUGGGGGAAAGCUAUGAAAAACUCUCUCAGCACGUUGAAGCCAAGAAAUGCUACUGGAGGGCUUAUUCUGUUGGCGAUGUAGAAAAAAUGGCUCUUCUUAAACUGGCAAAGCUCCAUGAACAGCUGAAUGAGUCUGAUGAUGCUGCUCAGUGUUACAUGCUUUACAUUAAGGACAUUUUCUCUUAUGGGGAACAACUGGAGCAUGCAGAGGUGAGCACAGCUCUGCGCUACCUGGGUCAGUAUUAUUUCAAGAACAAACUCUAUGACGAGGCUUCGGUCUGUGCGCAGCGCUGCUGUGACUACAACGAUGCACGAGAAGAGGGGAAGGCUCUGCUGAGGCACAUCUCACAGGUCAGAGAUCAGGUGGAAACGCCUUCAGCAGAUCUGUUCACUCCGCUCUCAAACACCACACCGGUCAGGAGGGUGUCUCCCCUGAACCUCAUCUCCUUCACGCCAUGAUACUCCUUCUACGCAAUAUGGACAGAAAUGUGCUGAAAAUAAACAGUUUUAAUUGCAAA